ACGCCGGUUCGAACUUGUCACGUGACACUGCUGUUAUGGCGGCCGUUCGCAUGCUUUGCAGCAUGUAAACACACUUGUAGUUUCACGGACUAUCUCCUAAAUGGAUCUCCCGUGCUUCCCGUGGCAAGAUCACGUUGCUCGCAAAUGGGCCGGACUCGAACCCGAGUUCAAGGAGCGUUUUAAGUCCCUGCUUGAAAUUGAAGAUAUAUUUGAGAGCGCUUUGAGUGUGACAACGGAGGACGAUGUGGAGUGUCUGCGUCGCAUCUCGACAGAAGGACAUGGUCACACACGAAAGGACGCCGAAGAGGCGUCCUCGUGCAGAGAGAACGGAAAUGCUGACUUCAAGAGCGGGAAGUACACCGAUGCGGCCCUACACUACUCACAGGGCAUUUGCUUGUCCCCCCGAAGUUCGGAGCAGCUGUCGCUGUGCUACGCCAAUCGCUCUGCGGCACUUUACCACCUGCGGCGCUACCAAGACGCUCUGGACGACGUGUCGGAAGCCGAGAAGAGCGGCUACCCGCCGGCUCUAGCGCACAAGCUGGAGAAACGCCGUGCGCAAUGCCUGGCGCGCCUUCCACCCUCAGAGGCCGCCCGCGCGGACCUAGACGAGCGCCACCCGGGCAUGUCUCCGAAAGUGACUGUUGGCUUCAGCCCGGAGAAAGGACGCCACGCGGUGGCGUCAGAGGCCAUCGCGGCCGGGGAGGUGAUCUUGAGCGAGAGGCCGUACGGCUUGGUCCUGGUGGCAAGCGGCGGCGUCUUCGGGUCAGAGCGCCGUCGCUGCCACGCGUGCCUGAAGGCCACGUGGCGACCGGUCCCGUGCGACGGGUGCUCCUAUGCCCGCUACUGCGACGCCCGCUGCAGGGAUGCCGCCUGGGAGGAGCACCAUCGUUGGGAGUGCCCGCUGGGCGCUUGUUUGACGUCCACCGGUGUCCUGGCGCACUUGGCACUGAGAGUGGCGCUCAAGGCGGGCACGGUCAACAUCCGCGCCGCCGUCACUGGGGGGCCGGCCGACACGGCCUACGCAGGCGUCUUCCGCCUGCUGCACCAUGCGGAUCAGCAGGGCGCCAGCAUGUGCUAUCUGUGCGCCGUCACCGUGGCGACGCUGCACACAGAGCUCGGCGAGACGGGAGCGCCGCCGGCGAGGGGGCAAACGGACGGCGGCGGGAAGGACGCAGCGUGGCGACUGCUGGCCGGUGCGGCGCUGAGGCAUCUGCUGCAGCUGCGCUGCAAUGCGCAGGCCGUAACCGUCCUGCAGCAACCAGGUUUGUCGGACGAUCCCGUGCAGUCCAUUGAGGAACGACGGCUCGCCACGGCCGUCUUCCCGACGCUGAGUCUCCUCAACCACUCGUGCCGGCCCAACACCAGCUUGAGCUUCGGUGCAGGCGGCGCCGUCACGCUGCGAGCGGCCCGAAGCAUCCGGCCCGGACAGGAAGUCGCCCACUGCUAUGGUCCCCACAGCAGUAGAAUGGUCGCCGAGGAGCGGCGGCGCCUGCUACAGGAGCAGUACUUCUUCCAAUGUCGCUGUGAGGCCUGCGAGGAUGGCGACCAGGAGCGGUCGCCAGACAGACAAUUUGGGUUUUUGUGUGGCCGGUGCGACCGUUCCCUCUCGCUUUCUGGCAAAGACGACCAUUUGUGCACUUCGUGCGGCGGCGCUUGGUCCGGCGGUGAGCUGAGCCAAAUGCUGCGGGAUGUCGGGUGCGACUUGGACGAGGCGGCCUGUCUCCUGGAGAGAGAUGAACCCGGCGAGGCGGAAGCCCUGCUGUUGCGGUUGCAGACGCGGUGGCGGCGGGCGGGCGUGACGCUGGCAAGCACACACGAGUUGCGCGGCCGCACCGAGGACACUUGGGCCAGGGCGCAUGCCCACAAAGGUGAUUGGUCGCGCGCGGCCCAGCACUUGGAGCACAGCGGCGCCGCCGUGGCCGCUCGCUUCGGAGCGGACAGCCUGGAGAUGGGCCGACAGGUCGCCAAACUGGCGCAGCUGCACUUCAACGCCGGGUCAAGAACGUCGGCCCUGACCGUCAUCCCCGAGGCGCGCCGGAUCCUCAGCUUGCACUGCGGCGCCCUCUGCCCUGAAGUGCAGGAACUGCAGGCCAUGGAAGACUGCUUACGCCACUAAUAAAAUGGAUUUGACUCACCAAAA